GAAUACAGACUGUGACAAGAACCUGAGAGUCUGUGAACUAGUUAUAGGAAGCUGAGGAAGGUCUAGUCUAGGGGUAACCCAGGGGUGGGUUAGAAGACAAAGGUAGAAAAGAGCCUAGGGCAACAGCAGCUGGGUCUGAGAUUGGGUAGAUUGUGGUUGCUAGACAUAGUGUCCCUGGGCCAGAACCCAGAGCAGUGGGCAGGCCUGGGUUCCCCUACCAAGCAGCCACAGGAAAACAGGCACACUCAGGGCAGUGGAUCAGAAGACUGCCUGAGAGAGUUUGUCCAGAGGGAUUUUGAUACCUGGAAGGGGAAAACUAUAGGGACCUGGCAGGAAGAAUAAGCCAUGAAGAGGGAGUAACCUGAGCUGAGAGAGCGAGUCCACAGGAUGAGCAACUGAAGGAGCAGGGGUACCAGACUAGUCAAGAGCCAAUCCACAGCCUGCUGUGGAAGAUGCCAGCUUGGAUGAAGAAUUUAGAAGUGAGGAAGAAGGUAUAGUGAAGGAAAUCGACAUCAGUCAUCAUGUGAAGGAAGGCUUUGAAAAGGCGGAUCCUUCACAGUUUGAGUUGCUGAAAGUAUUAGGGCAAGGUUCCUACGGAAAGGUAUUUCUGGUGAGGAAGAUCAAAGGAUCUGAUGCUGGCCAGCUUUAUGCCAUGAAGGUACUUAAGAAAGCAACUCUGAAAGUUCGGGAUCGGGUGCGAUCGAAAAUGGAGAGAGAUAUUUUGGCAGAAGUGAAUCAUCCUUUCAUAGUCAAGCUUCAUUAUGCAUUUCAAACAGAGGGAAAGUUGUAUCUAAUACUAGAUUUCCUGCGGGGAGGGGACCUUUUCACAAGACUCUCCAAAGAGGUAAUGUUUACAGAAGAGGAUGUCAAGUUCUACUUAGCUGAGCUGGCCUUGGCUUUAGACCACCUCCAUAGUCUUGGAAUUAUUUACAGGGAUCUAAAACCAGAAAACAUCCUCCUAGAUGAAGAGGGUCACAUUAAGAUUACAGAUUUUGGCCUGAGCAAGGAGGCCAUUGACCAUGACAAGAGAGCGUAUUCAUUCUGUGGGACAAUAGAGUACAUGGCCCCAGAGGUGGUCAACCGGCGAGGACACACGCAGAGUGCAGACUGGUGGUCCUUUGGUGUGCUAAUGUUUGAGAUGCUGACAGGGUCAUUACCAUUCCAGGGAAAAGACAGAAAGGAGACAAUGGCUCUCAUUCUCAAAGCCAAGCUAGGAAUGCCUCAGUUUUUGAGCAUAGAAGCCCAAAGUUUGCUGAGAGCCCUCUUCAAAAGGAACCCAUCCAACAGAUUAGGUGCUGGCCUCGAUGGAGUUGAAGAAAUUAAACGGCACCUGUUCUUUGUUACUAUAGACUGGAACAAACUAUAUAGGAAAGAAAUCAAGCCACCUUUUAAACCAGCAGUGGGACGGCCAGAAGACACGUUUCAUUUUGACCCGGAGUUCACAUCACGGACCCCUACAGAUUCCCCUGGUGUUCCUCCCAGUGCCAAUGCUCAUCAUCUUUUUAGAGGAUUCAGCUUCAUUGCAUCCAGCUUGGUGCAGGAGCCUUCUCAGCCAGAUUUGCACAAAAUCACAGUUCAUCCAAUUGUGCAGCAGUUACAUGGGAACAAUAUUCAUUUUACAGAUGGAUAUGAGAUCAAGGAGGACAUAGGUGUUGGCUCCUAUUCAGUAUGCAAGAGGUGUGUGCAUAAAGUAACAGAAGCAGAGUUUGCAGUGAAGAUAAUUGAUAAGAGCAAACGAGACCCCUCUGAAGAAAUUGAGAUUCUCUUGAGAUAUGGGCAGCAUCCAAACAUCAUUACUCUGAAAGAUGUGUAUGAUGAUGGGAAGUAUGUGUACCUGGUGAUGGAGCUAAUGCGAGGAGGAGAGCUCUUAGACCGAAUCCUUCGACAGAAGUGUUUCUCAGAACGAGAGGCUAGUGCUGUCCUUUGCACCAUUACCAAGACGGUGGACUAUCUGCAUUCCCAAGGAGUUGUGCAUCGAGAUCUGAAGCCCAGUAACAUUCUCUACAUGGAUGAGUCAGGAAACCCAGAUUCCAUCAGGAUCUGUGACUUCGGAUUUGCCAAACAGCUGAGAGCAGAGAAUGGACUGCUCAUGACACCUUGCUACACAGCCAACUUCGUAGCCCCUGAGGUCCUGAAACGACAAGGUUAUGAUGCAGCCUGUGACAUCUGGAGCUUAGGGAUCCUGUUGUACACCAUGUUGGCAGGAUUCACCCCUUUUGCAAAUGGACCAGAUGACACCCCAGAAGAGAUACUGGCCAGGAUUGGCAGUGGAAAGUAUGCACUUGCAGGAGGAAACUGGGAUUCAGUGUCCGAUGCUGCCAAGGAUAUUGUGUCCAAGAUGCUUCAUGUAGAUCCUCAUCAGCGCCUAACAGCAGUCCAAGUGCUAAGACACCCAUGGAUAGUGAACAGGGAAUAUCUAUCUCAAAAUCAACUCAGCAGACAGGAUGUUCACCUGGUGAAGGGUGCAAUGGCAGCCACGUACUUUGCUUUAAACAGAACACCUCAGGCACCAAGGCUGGAGCCUGUAUUGUCCUCCAAUCUGGCUCAGAGGAGGGGCAUGAAAAGACUUACCUCAACAAGGUUAUAGCAGAUCCCAAAAAUGCCUCACUGAAACCCACAGUUUGUUAUUCAAGAGGUUCAUCUUUAUUACUCAGUUAACAGAACUUUGGACAACUUGCACAUGAAGUCACCAGAAUCAGCAGAAGUCCAGCAUAAGGCAAAGUUACCCUUUGCUGUUUUAUUUUUUACAUUUGGGCUAGGAUCCUGAAUCAGCAGCUUCUCCAAGAUGUGCCAAUUGCCCUAUUUCCUUAUUGACUUAAAGCCAAAUAAAAUAGAUUCCCUCCCAACCCCAAGUACUAUUUUUGAAUCCUUAAGAUGUUCUGAGAUCACUUUUUUAAAGCACUUUUCACAGUGAAAGCAAGCAGUUUGAUUUAAAAGUUUUCAGCUGUGCCAGCAUCUGCAUCAUGGUGAAUUGGCUCAACCAGUCAGCAGUAUACAUCUACUGAUCAUCAGCUGCACUGAAGCCCAUCUCAAAGGAAUUGAAGGUUGAGGAGACAUGGUGCCAAAUAUCAGACUUAGAAAAAACUCUGUACAAAGUGAAGGAGAAAGAGCUGUCACUGAUGAACACAUCUCCUGAUUCUGAGAAAUCUUGUGAACUCUCCCACUCUCAUCUGAUGUUGAAUAAAGUAUGGAACAGUGACGGACCCUUUAAGAGCAGAUGUCACGAGCCCUAAUAUAUCGAGGUUUGGCAGAGAACACUGGGAACUGCAGUCUCCAAAAGGGAUUGUUAGGUCUCAUGUGAAUGAGGAGGUCAGAUGUCUGACCAAGACUAUUUGAGUAGGAGCCUGUGGCUCAGAGAGGAGGUAUCAGGGCCGGCUCCAGGCACCAGCUUAGCAAGCAGGUGCUUGGGGCGGCCACUCCGGAGCAGGGCGGCACAUUCAGGUAUUCGGCGGCAAUUCGGCAGAGGA